AUCAGUAUUUUAUACGCCAUUCUGCAUUCGGUGUCUGAGCUACAUGUAGAUAGCGUUUCUCAGUGAGAGAUAUAUUAUUUCGUUUUCGAGAGCGUCGCAAGAUAAGUUUUUUCAUCAUAUCAACAUUCUAUUCCUCCUGAGGAUAUGGAUACUAAGAUGGACGCAGAGCUGAUCAAGAACGAGGAGAGGCAGGGUGUCGAGGAAGCUACCGAGGAAGCCACCGAAGCCCCUCAACCGGUACAGCAGGGACCACCCUCUUAUGUUGGUUAUCCUAACGGCUCGACCCAACCACAGGGGAUGUAUCAUGUAUCACAGCCUCAGCAGCCAACUUACAUCAUCCAGAACAUACCCGCCCAGCAAUCAUCUGGAUGCUGCACCGGCAAAUCUGAUUGGUUCAAAGAAUCGGUUGGCAUGACAACAGGUAUCGUCCAGCUCAUCAUCGCUAUCGUUGCCAGCAUCCUAUCUGGAGUAGCCAUCUGGCUUCAAGUCCGGGCUGAUAUUUACGUCGGCCCAAUGGGGACGCCAAUCGGUGCAACCCUUUUCAUAUUUCUCCCCGCUGGAAUUCUUGGAGCUUGCUCUAAGAACAAGAGCAACUGUGUGAUCGUGGCAUACCUCGUGAUGUCAAUCCUGGCUGCUAUUCAGGCAGGCUUCGUGUGUGCAGUGGAGUCGGUAUUGGCUGGGUUCAGCUUCCAUUCAGUCUGCCCCGAUAUUCCUGACUAUCGUGAUUAUCCUCCAUUCGAUGUUCAUGGGUUUGAGUAUCCUGAAAUCGCAGUCGACUACGCCUGUUCGUGGGAGCGUUUCAAGUGCCUGACUGCCGUACACGCCCUGAUCGCUAUCCUGAUGUUCGCCGAGUUCAUCGUCGCUAUCUUAGCUGCUGCCACCUGCUGUGGCGGUCUCAAUUGCUGCUGCCCUCGACAACAGACACAGCAGAACCGCUCCAAUGCCAUGAUGUACUGUCCCCAGGCUGGCGUUCAACCUCUCCAAGCCCAGAUGGGUACUCAUGUUGUCCAGGGAACUGAGCUACCAAUGAAGGCCUAGGAUGGACAAGAGAUGGCGCUCUCACUUUUUAGAUGUCGAUGACUGCAUUCACUGACGACCAUAAAUUUUUCCCAUUUUUUACGUGAUUAAUUUACAUAAUGAAAUACAACCGAAAUGAGAUAUUUAGUACCCGGAUAUAAUCAGUACUACCGCAUACUUCUAGCCUUACAAUGAAUCAUUGAAAUACUACUGAGUUAUCAGUAGAUGUUUACGAAAUUUAUCCAUUAAAAUUGAAUGCAGUCACAAUAACCAUGAUAAUCAAACAAAAAUUAGAUUCAUUAUCGUCACUCAUUUCGGAUUAAUAAACCAAUAAUGAUAAAGUUAAUGGUGGUGGUGAUAGCCAGUCAGGUUAUAGCAUCUGUUGAGAAGAAAUGCUGUAAAUAUGAAAUGUAGAUGUUAUACAACUUCUGUCUUUCUUGACUAUAGGAAAAGAUAUAUAUAUAUAUACGUUCAGGCUGAGAAUUUAUUGCCCAAUAUAAAAGGGUCACUUUUGGGGAAUUGCUCUACCCCUCCAAAGAGAGUUUUUAUGGGCUAAUUUUCAUUUCGUCCAAUGCCAAUUAAUCCUUUUGCCAAAUCGUCUACUUUCAUUUGGUCUACCAUCAGUUCGUCCAAUAUCCACAUUGUCUAAUUGCCAUUUCUUCCACCCACCAUUUCGUCUAAUAACCAAUUGGUCCAAUAGCCAUCUAGUCCAUAUUCAAUUUGGUCUAAGUAGACUAAGUUUUAAUUGGGCAAAAUAAAUGAAAAUAAAACGAAUAUCAUAGACCAACUGGUUGUGAGAUGAAAUGUUCAUAGACCAACUGGUGAUUAGAGGAAGUGAUGAUUGGACCAAAUGUUUUUUUGACCAAUGGUUGUUAGACGAAAUGACGAUGGAUGGAAUGGCAUUAGACUAAAUGAAGGUAGACCAUGUGGUGAGUGUCCCAGUCGGCAGUGGACAAAUUGGCAAUUUACCGUCUUAUGUAUCCAAUUAUAGUUCUAAUAUGAAUAAUGUAAGUGUAUUUAGAUUAUCAUUAUUUUCAUGAAACAAAAUCGAGUAUGUUGGGAGAUAAAGUAAGAAAUAUGCAACAUUGAAAAAGUGGCUGGACAUGAUUUGAUAAUGCCUAUUAUGAAAAAAUAACAUUCUUUAAAAAAUAUUAUUCAUAGAUCAAUUGUUUUGUUAGUAAGAUAUAUUUUUUGCAUUUCUAUUAUUGCAGUAUAUUUUUUUUCUUAAAUUUCAUCAUAUUAUAUUUCGUGUUUUCUUGUGAUAGAAGUCAAUGUAUAUUCAUUUUGCAAUGUAAAAGUGUGGUCAUUUUGAGGUUGAUUCGUUAUUUUUAUCUUUUAUUUUUGUAUGAAAUGUGUCAGUGAGAUUUGUUUUUAUCACGUUAUCCAUGAGUAAAGUCAACAAUAAAAAAUAUUAAGGAUAUGAAUAAGAACUUACAAUAAAGAGGGAUAAUAUGAAAAGGAUCCGUAUGAAAUGAGGCUAUAAACUGCACUAUUAUUUUGGUCCGUGUCGUUCUUAUACUAUGGAGUUUUGUAAUGAAGUUGAGUGUAUUGCGUCAAUCAAUCAUUUUUAUUUUUUAGAGUUGGUGAAAUUGUGACUAUAUUCUUUCACAUAAUAAAAAUAUGGCAGCUUGCAUAGUAA